GGCUUGGACUUGGUUCAUAAUGUUUUGAGUUCUGGCUCUCAUUUAUGUCAACCCACAUAAGCUUCUCAUAACGAAUUCAUUUCAAACUUCGGAAUUCAGCUUUAAUUUGAGUUGAAUCAUACCAAUUGAUCGAAGUUAUUCCAAAUGGGUGGCACCAUUUUUCCUGCUCUCUUCCUCUUGUACUGCUCAGUUUUCAUCUCCUUGGCAUCUGCAGAGGGCUUUGGAUGGUCUUCCCGGGAUUCCAUCAAUGAGGACAGAAAGAUAGAGCUCUAUGAAUCAUGGCUUGUAAAAUACAACAAGGCCUAUAGCACUCUAGAAGAGAAGCAACAGAGAUUUGAGAUUUUCAAAGACAAUUUGAGAUUCAUAGAUGAAGUUAACCAGCAGAAUUUAAGCUAUUGGCUUGGCCUUAAUGAAUUCACUACUAUGAGUCAUGAUGAAUUCAAAUCUACAUUCCUUGGAACCAGACCUGAUAUGUCCAACCGAAUUCGAGGUCAUGAUGAGCCAUUUAGGUAUGAACAUGUUGGUGACCUUCCCGAGUCUGUGGAUUGGAGGAAGCAGGGUGCAGUGACUGGAGUGAAGAAUCAAGGCUCAUGUGGGAGUUGUUGGGCUUUCUCCACAGUUGCUGCUGUGGAAGGCAUUAAUAAGAUCGUGACUGGCAAUCUGAUAUCCCUAUCUGAGCAAGAGCUUGUAGAUUGUGACAACUCUAAUCAAGGUUGCAGUGGAGGAAUCAUGGAUAAUGCCUUCUCCUUCAUCAUUUCCAAUGGUGGCAUUGAUGCAGAAUCGGAUUACCCUUACAAGAGCACAAAAACUAGUUGUGAUAAUAAAGAGAUGAAAUCCAGUAUUGUUUCAAUUGAUGGUUAUGAGGACGUGCCUCAAAACAAUGAGGAAGCACUUAUAAAAGCUUUAGCAAACCAGCCCCUUAGUGUGGCAAUCCAGGCCUCUGGAAGAGCCUUUCAAUUUUACAAGGGGGGUGUAUUCUCAGGACCAUGUGGAAGCAACUUGGAUCAUGGAGUUGCAGCUGUUGGGUAUGGCAGUGACAAUGGCAAGGACUUCAUAAUUGUAAAAAAUUCAUGGGGUCCUCACUGGGGAGAAAAUGGAUACAUCAGACUGCAGAGGGGCAAUGGCAAGAAAGAGGGAAUGUGUGGGCUUUACAAGAUGGCUUCAUUCCCUGUCAAGUCUGCACCAAAUCCCCCCAAGCCUUCCCCAUCUCCACCACAACCAUCACCAUCUCCACCUCAUCCCUCGCCAUCAAUCUGUGAUGAGACAUAUUCUUGCACAUCAGGAACAACCUGCUGCUGUAUGUACCCAAUGGGUGGCACCUGCUUCAUGUGGGGAUGUUGCCCAGUGCCUUCUGCUGUUUGUUGUUCUGAUAAUAAACACUGCUGCCCACAGGAUAGCCCCAUCUGUGACCUUAAAGCUGGUAGCUGUCUCAAGAGCCCCAAGGAUGCAUUUGGUGUGAAGAUGAUGUCUAUGAUUCCUGCUGUAAUACAACCCCAGUUUGAAGCAUGAAGGGGAGAAAAAUCUGAAUACUUGAAUUCUACUAGAUUUAGUCAGCUGAUGAUACCUUAAAAGUUGCUUGAAAAUUUUGUUUAUGAUUUUUUUUCUUGCUGAUGAUCCAUUUUACAGGACAUGAACCUAUGUGGUCUUGUCUUAACUUCAUAUAUUUUAGCAUUUGUUAUUCAUCCCAAACUCUCAAGUUUAUCUCUAGGUGUUCAACACUAUCUUCAAUUUAACAAGUAAAUUUGAAUAAAUUCAGAUAAAAAACUUCUGCC